CUCUACCGUCCAUCCGAAUCGGGACUAUGGUUCCAAUUACUACACAAGUAUAGACUAAUGUCGCCGACUUUAUUAAUUGUUUUUAAAAAGCAAGUAUUGGCUAUAAGUACCUAUAAGAUGUAUGCCUAUUAGUCGGAGGAUCUUAAUGCCAAGAUUCCGUGACGCCUCGUGUCUCUCGGCCUUUCGCUUCGGUGUGUGAAACCGACUCAUAGACUAUGACGAAUGAGUAUAGGUAGUAGGGAGGUUGGUAUUUAGGGAUGCUGGUUCCUGUCUAUAAGUGGGAGUUUACUUAAGGAACACGGUGGGCUUCGGUUUUAACUUAUAACGCAUCAUAUAAAUAAGAGUGAACGAAUAAGUCAUAAAACACGAAUAUGGAAGUAUUGGGCGGCCUCGAGAGUGGGCAGCUUCUGUUAAUCGCUGUGGGCGUAGCCAUACUAGGCUAUACCUAUACUAUUCUGAGCAACCCUCUGGCAAGACUGCCUGGCCCUUGGUAUACGUUAUGGACGGAAACAAUUUUGAAGUAUAAUGUUGUCAGAGGCCAGAGGCCACAAUGGGUUCAUUCGUUACAUGAAAAAUACGGAACCGUCGUCCGCAUUACCCCCAAAGAGGUCAGCAUACAAGAUCCGAACGCUGUCCAGCAGAUGUACCAGAUCAAGGGCGAGUUCCUCAAGUCCCAAUUUUACGAGGUUUUCCUACCAGGAAACAAGAACGUCUUCAGCACGACCGAUGUCAACUAUCACCGACGACACCGAAAGCUCCUCGCAUCCGAGAUAUCGGAGUCAGGUUUAGCCGUACAUAGACCCACGGUUGAUGACAAGGUUCGUAUGGCUAUUGAGGGUAUGGCUGAAGAGAUGGAGAAGCGCGGUGCUACAGAUGUGUAUCGUUGGUCUUUAUAUAUGGCCACAGACGUGAUCGGCGAGCUCAGCUUCGGGUCUUCAUUCCGCAUGCUAGAAUCAAGGGAGGAGACCCAAUACACCCGCGACUUAAAAUUGAUAGCAUUUGCUGGAGGCCUCAGGUCGACAUUCCCCUUCCUCAUGAAGGUCACCAAGUACGUCCCGCUGCCGGUUCUCAGCAUAGGGACGCAAAUCCGAGAGCGUAUACGCGUAUACGCGACGCAGGCGCUAAGCCGACAUUAUAAAAUAGUAGAAGAGCAAGGACGGAACGCCAAGCCCACACUCUUAUCCAAGUUGUACCGUGCCACAGAGGACGACAAAGACAUGCUUCCUUUCGACGAGCUGCGCGAAGAUGCCAUGGCGUAUAUCGCAGCGGGAAGCGACACUACCACUAACACCUUGACGUACCUCAUCUGGACCCUAUGUAAACACCCCGACAUCAAGGCGAAGCUGCUGGCAGAACUAAACACGCUGCCGGACGGAUUCACGGACCUGGACCUCAAGAAGCUGCCCUACCUCGACCAUGUGAUUCAGGAGACGCUACGCUUACACAGUGCUGCCCCCUCUGGUCUACCUCGUGUCGUACCUCAGGGAGGUGCUACUCUCGCUGGCCAUUUUAUUCCCGGCGGUUACACGGUGUCGGCUCAGGCGUACAGUAUGCAUAGGAACCCGGCUGUCUAUCCGGAACCGUUAAAAUUCGACCCUUCAAGAUGGGAGAAUCCGACUAGGGCGAUGAAGGACGCGUUUGUACCAUUUGGUGGAGGGAGUCGAAUCUGCCUUGGUCUGCACUUGGCCAAGAUGGAACUACGUCUCGCAACCGCGCGGCUCUUCACCCGGUUUCCGAAUGCCACUGUCUCCCAUUUAGAGGGUUUCACGGAUGAGGACAUGGUCCCUAUCAUGUUCUUCCUCAUGAAGCCGAAGAGCCAACGCUGCUUGAUUGAUGCUCACUGAGGUAUGUUGAUGCCGUCUGCUUAACCAAGGUACCUGUUAUCUAGGUAGAUUUACGGGUGACCAUGCUAGGCUGGAAAAAAUACCUGCGGCUUCUAGUUGCACUUAUAUCCGUUGAAGUUUGUGAGAUCGGGCUUUCUAUUCAGUGCUUUAAGGUAUGCUGUAGAAAGGUCUAGGGAAUUUAAGAUAGGCGCAGGUGUACAUACAUAGUACAAACACUUGUAAAAUUACAUUAAAUCUAGUAGCAUAUACGAUUUAAGUAAAUAAAUAAGAGGUAGUUACUUAUAGCGAAGACUUCACUGGUUCAUGGAUCAGGGAUUGAUUAUGAAGUCGUUUUUGGUACACCCACAGGGCUGAACAAGCGGGAAAAGAGUUAAUUUUAUCAUCCCUGGCGGGCAUAACGGAAUAGUUAGAAGUUCGGUUGCUGAGGUUGGCAACCUAAGAGUAUCUAAUUAUAUCCGACAAAGCCUUAUAUACACUGUUGCCAAC